AUGGCACACCAUCCCUUUAAAGUGUAUGUUUAUGAAAAUGUAUUUGUUAUGUAGUGAUAUUCUUCACAUUACAUCUAUAUUUAGUACAACUUGUUAUCCACAAUAACUUUACUUUUAGGUGCUGGUCAGCCUGACCAUGGACUUCAAAGAAGUUAAGAACCACUCUUGUGUAAGAUGUAUUAUUCAAAGAGAAUUCAACCAUCAUCUCAAAAAGGGUGAUUUCACUUGGAACAGCAUGUCAGGGCGCAGUGUUCGGCUGAAGUCAGUUCCCGUUCAAAGCCUCUCGGAGCUGGAGCGUGCUCGGCUGCAGGAAGUGGCUUUUUAUCAGUUGCAGCAGGACUGCGAUCUGGGCUGUCAGAUUACUAUCCCCAAAGAUGGACAAAAGAGGAAGAAAUCAUUAAGAAAGAAACUGGACUCAUUAGGAAAGGAGAAGAACAGAGAUAAAGAAUUUAUUCCCCAGGCUUUUGGAAUGCCCUUGUCCCAAGUGAUAGCUAAUGACCGGGCCUACAAGCUCAAGCAAGACUCUCAGAGAGAAGAGCAAAAAGAUGUUUCAGAUUUUGUGGCCUUUCUCUUGCCGUUUGGAACUAAAAGGCAAAACAAAGAACUUUCAAGCAGUAACUCAUCUCUUAGCUCAACCUCAGAAACACCGAAUGAAUCCACUUCUCCCAACACACCCGAGCCAGCGCCACGAGCAAGGAGGCGUGGUGCGAUGUCUGUGGACUCUAUUACAGAUCUUGAUGACAAUCAGUCACGAUUGUUAGAGGCUCUACAGCUCUCUUUGCCAGCAGAAGCCCAGAGCAAGAAAGAAAAGGCGAGAGAUAAGAAACUAAGCCUGAACCCCAUUUACAGGCAGGUUCCCCGGCUUGUAGAUAGUUGCUGCCAGCAUUUGGAAAAGCAUGGUCUCCAGACAGUAGGAAUAUUCAGAGUUGGAAGCUCAAAAAAGAGAGUAAGACAGUUACGUGAAGAGUUUGACCGGGGUGUAGAUGUGGUAUUAGACGAAGAGCACAGCAUUCAUGAUGUUGCUGCUUUAUUAAAGGAAUUUCUGCGUGACAUGCCUGACCCACUUCUCACCAGAGAACUUUAUACACCUUUCAUCAACACUCUCUUAUUAGAGCCAGAUGAACAGCUAAGCACCUUACAGCUUCUCAUUUAUCUUCUACCUCCCUGUAACUGCGAUACCCUACACCGGCUCCUGCAGUUCCUCUCCACAGUGGCUGGCCACGCAGAAGACACCACAGACAAAGAUGGCCAAGAGGUUACUGGGAACAAAAUGACUUCACUUAAUCUGGCUACCAUCUUUGGCCCUAACUUGUUGCACAAGCAGAAAUCUACAGACAAAGAAUUCUCAGUUCAGAGCUCAGCUCGAGCUGAAGAGAGUACUGCUAUCAUAGCUGUUGUACAAAAGAUGAUUGAAAACUAUGAAGCCCUUUUCAUG